UGUGUCCCUCUCCCAACCAAAGAGCAAGGAGCAAAAGCGACUGGACCACGCAACAUCAUUGGUGCUCCAAACAGAAUGCCGUUAAGGAAUAUAUUCUAGCUGGAAAUGCAAGGGAGCACCGACCAGUCGCAGUAUUUUAUUUAAAAUCUCUAUGCUCAUAAUAAUCUGAAAUAUGGCUGAAGUGAAGUCGAGGUGAGUUGCGCUGUUGCUCAGACAACUUGCUGUGAGGUGGUGCACUCCACUCUCCGCCUCUCGCCAGCCAGCCUGUCGGAUGGAAAGAAAACAGAUUGAUCCCGUUCGUUUUUGUUCUUCUAUCAAUCGAUAGUCAUUGGACUGUGGAAUCAUGUCGAUGGGACAGGACGAAAACUCAGUCCGGGUGGCUUUGAGGAUUCGCCCUCAGCUGGCCCGGGAGAAGAUCGAGGGAUGUCACAUCUGUACGUUUGUGACCCCGGGGGAACCCCAGGUGAUGCUGGGUAAAGACAAGGCCUUUACGUACGACUAUGUGUUCGACAUGGACUCUUGUCAGGACAGCAUCUAUGCUAACUGCACUGAGAAGCUGAUCGAGGGCUGCUUUGAAGGAUACAACGCCACCAUUUUUGCCUAUGGCCAGACCGGGUCAGGUAAGACCUACACCAUGGGGACAGGGUUUGAUGUUAACAUCGGGGAGGAGGAGCUGGGCAUCAUACCCCGGGCGGUCAGCCACCUCUUCAGGGGCAUCGAGGAGCGCCAGCGGGCCGCUAAAGAGCAGGGACGACCUGUGCCUGAGUUCAAGAUCAACGCUCAGUUCCUGGAGCUUUACAAUGAGGAAGUGCUGGAUCUGUUUGACUCUACACGGGACCUGGAGGCUCGGACGCAGAAAUCCCACAUAAAAAUCCACGAGGACGCUAAUGGCGGAAUUUACACAGUGGGGGUGACCACACGGACGGUAGCCUCCGAGGCAGAGAUGAUGCAGUGUCUGAAGCUGGGUGCUCUGUGUCGUACCACCGCCAGCACCCAGAUGAACGUCCAGAGCUCCCGCUCUCAUGCCAUCUUCACCAUCCACCUGUGCCAAGUCAGAGUCUGUGCAUCUGACAAGAAAGACAACAACGAGUGGGACAACAGGAUUGCUAACGGCAACUCAGAGAUGGAAGAGUAUGAGACAUUGACGGCCAAGUUUCACUUUGUGGACCUGGCCGGUUCUGAAAGGCUGAAGAGAACCGGUGCUACAGGAGACCGAGCUAAGGAGGGAAUCUCCAUCAACUGUGGACUGCUUGCUCUGGGGAAUGUAAUCAGUGCUUUGGGAGACAGGAGCAAGCGAUCCACACAUGUGCCCUACAGAGACUCCAAACUCACCCGGCUCCUACAGGACUCUCUGGGUGGAAACAGCCAAACGAUGAUGAUAGCCUGCAUCAGUCCGUCUGACCGGGACUUCAUGGAGACCCUGAACGCGUUGAAGUACGCUAACAGAGCCAGGAACAUUAAGAACAAGGUGAUGGUGAACCAGGACAAGGCCUCCCAGCAGAUCUCUGCUCUCAGGACAGAAAUCGCCAGGCUACAGAUGGAACUGAUGGAGUAUAGGACGGGUAAGCGUAUGGUGGGAGAGGACGGUAUGGAGAGCAUCAACGACAUGGUCCAUGAGAACACCAUGCUGCAGACAGAGAACAGUAACCUGAGGAUCAGGGUCAAAGCCAUGCAGGAGACCAUCGACGCCCAGAGGGCCAGACUCACACGGUACCUCAGUGACCAGGCCAACCAGGUCCUCGCCAGGGCAGGUGAGGGCAGUGAAGAGAUUGGGAACAUGAUCCAGAGCUAUAUCAAAGAGAUAGAGGACCUUAGGGCCAAACUCCUGGAAAGUGAGUCUAUGAAUGAGAACCUGCGUAAGAACCUGUCGCGUGCCUCCUCACGCCAGUCCUUCUACCCCGGAACCUUCUCCCCUGCCCUACUGGCCCCCGAGAAGGAGGCCUCCGACAUCAUCGAGAUGGCCAAGAAAGAUCUGGAGAAACUCAAGAAGAAGGAGAGGAAGAAGAAGAAGAGGCUCCAGCAGCUGCUGGAAGAGAGAGAGAGGGAGGAGCUGGAGGAGGAGGAGGAUGGCAGUGUCGUCAAGGAAGAAGUCCCCGACAACGACCAAGACCAGGGGACGGAAAAAGAGCUGACUGAGCAGUCCAAUGACGAGCCUGAGAUGGAGGGGAGUGACCAUGAGGAAGGGGAGGAAGAGGAGGAGGAGGAGGAAGAGGAGGAGAUGGAUGUGGAGGAGAGCUCUGAUGAUUCAGACUCUGAGUCAGAUGAGAAAGAGAACUUCCAGGCGGACCUGGCCAACAUCACGUGUGAGAUCGCCAUCAAGCAGAAGCUGAUAGAUGAACUGGAGAACAGCCAGCGCCGUCUGCACACGCUCAAGCAGCAGUACGAACAGAAACUGAUGAUGCUGCAGAGUAAGAUCAGAGACACGCAGCUGGAGAGAGACCGGGUGCUGCACAACAUGGGCUCAGUGGAGACGUGCAGCGACGAUAAGGCUAAGAAGAUCAAGCAGGAGUACGAGAAGAAGCUGAGCGUCAUGAACAGGGAACUACAGAAGUUACAGUCAGCCCAGAAGGAACACGCACGCCUUCUCAAGAACCAAUCCAAGUACGAGACACAGCUGAAGAAGCUUCAAAUGGAUGUCACGGAGAUGAAGAAGACAAAGGUUCGUCUGAUGAAGCAGAUGAAGGAGCAGCAGGAGAGGAACAGGAUGACAGAGUCCAGGAGGAACAGAGAGAUCGCUACCCUCAAGAAGGACCAGCGCAAACAGGAGCACCAGCUGAAGCUACUAGAGGCCCAGAAGAGACAACAGGAGCUCAUUCUGCGCAGGAAGACUGAGGAGGAUAUUCGCUUGGGAACGGAGGUAGUAGGAACCAUUGGCCAGGGUCAGAGAGCAGAGGUGUCUGCUCUGAGGAGACAGGCCAGGCCUAUGUCUGGUAAGGUGACCAGCAGGAAGGUAAGUCUCCCAGAGCCCCUCCAGGACUCCUCCCACCGACCCCCCUCAGGACGCCUGCACUCCUCUGGCUCCACCGCCCCUAACGGAACCAGGUCCUACUACAGACGGUCGACGGGCAUAUAUUCCACCAGAGUGGCCAGGGUGAAGUGGCAGUCUCUGGAGCGUCGUAUCUCUGAUGUCAUCAUGCAGAGGAUGACCAUCUCCAACAUGGAGUCUGAAAUGAACCGCCUGCUCAAGCAACGUGAGGAGCUGACCAAGCGGAGGGAGAAGCUGACCAGGAAGAGGGACAGGCUGGCGGGGGAGGGGCCUGAGGCCGAGAAGGCGGUGCUUCACCUCAACGAGGAAGUGGACGCCGUGAUGGCCAACAUAGACUACAUCAACGACAGCAUCGCUGACUGCCAGGCCAACAUUAUGCAGAUGGAGGAAGCCAAGGAGGAGGUUGACACGGUGGAUGUUUCCGCAGUCAUCAGCUCCUGUACCCUAACAGAAGCCCGCUUCCUGCUGGACCACUUCAUGUCUAUGGCUAUCAACAGAGGUCUGCAGGCAGCUCAGAAGGAGUCCCAGGUGAAGGUGAUGGAGGGCAGGCUGAAGCAGACUGAGAUCACCAGUGCCACUCAGAACCAGCUGCUGUUCCACAUGCUGAAGGAGAAGGCUGAGUUUAACCCCGAACUGGACGCCCUGCUGGGGAACGCUCUGCAAGAGCUAGGUAACAUGCCAGUGGAGAACGGGGAGGACAGCAGCAGUGACGAAUCUGCCCAGAGUCCUGCAACAGAGGGACACUCCCUGGCAUCAGAUCUAAUGAAACUCUGUGGAGAGACCAAAACCAGGAGCAAGGCUCGUAGAAGAACCACCACUCAGAUGGAGUUGCUCUACGCCAAUAGUGACGCCGCCCAUGACACGCCCAGCGGAGAUUUUUCCUCCCCCUGUCUCCAAUUGGCUGAAACACCAGAAGAGGGCAGAGAUCCUGAGACCCCCAUUGGCUCAUCAGUCAGGGACAGAGACUAUAUGGCUCAUUCUCCUGGCUUGUCCUCUAAGAUGGGCAGCAUAGCUGCCUCCUCCUCGGGGGCGGAAAAGAGAGUUCCAGAGCCCUCGCCGCUCUCUCGCAGGAAGACCUAUGACAGGGCACAAGCGGCGGCUAAGGUCAAGGAGAUCAAACACUGUGAUACGAGGAAUUCCGACGCCAGCACCCCGUCUCCCCCAUCCUCCCCCUCCAACCGCCCUCGUAGCCAAGGCAACGUAUUUGUACGUCUGACAGGGUGUCUGGAGAGAGUAGACAGACCGCAGGAUAAAGGGGUGAUCAACCCAGUGCCCUCCUCAAAGGGCAGUCGGUCAGCAACACUACAAUGUGUCCAUGUGGCUGAGGGUCACACUAAAGCUGUGUUGUGUGUUGACUCUACUGAUGACCUCCUCUUCACCGGCUCCAAAGACCGUACGUGUAAGGUGUGGAACCUGGUGACGGGUCAGGAAAUCAUGUCCCUGGCGGGUCACCAAAACAAUGUGGUGUCAGUCCGCUACAGCUCCAGCCUGGUCUUCACCGUCUCCACCUCCUACAUCAAGGUCUGGGACAUCCGAGAUUCAGCCAAGUGCAUCCGCACCCUCACGUCUUCUGGUCAGGUGACUCCUGGCGACGCCUGUGCGUCCAGCACCAACCGGACUGUCACCAUCCCGGCAGGAGAGAACCAGAUCAACCAGAUCGCCCUCAACCCCAGCGGCUCUGUCCUCUACGCUGCCGCCGGCAACUCUGUCAGAGUCUGGGACCUAGGAAGAUUUGUAUCCACAGGGAAGCUGACUGGUCACCUGGGUCCAGUUAUGUGUCUAACUGUAGACCAGAGCGGGAACGGUCAGGAUCUGGUCAUCAGCGGCUCCAAGGACCAUUAUAUCAAGAUGUUUGACGUGACAGAGGGGGCCCUGGGUGCUAUCGGCCCCACACACAACUUUGAGCCUCCCCACUAUGACGGUAUCGAGUCCCUGGUGGUGCAGGGGGACGUCCUCUUCAGUGGCUCCAGGGACAACGGCAUUAAGAAGUGGGACCUAGCCCGCAAAGACCUACUGCAGCUAGUGCCCAACGCCCACCGUGACUGGGUGUGUGCCCUGGGUGUGGUGCCUGGCUCUCCAGCCCUGCUGAGUGGCUGUAGAGGAGGGGUGCUCAAGCUUUGGCACACAGACACACUGGGGGCCCUGGGGGAACUCAAGGGCCACGAGAGCCCCAUCAACGGCAUCUCCACCAACAGCAGCCACCUCUUCACAGCAUCUGAUGAUCGAACGGUGAAGAUCUGGCGUGCCCGGGGCGGACUCGACUGUACCUUAGAAACAAUGGUGGACACCGCUGACGAGGUGGCCAGUAACUGAACAUGGCCGUGACCUCCCGCCGUGACCCUUAACCUGGGACGUUGCUGACUAGCACUUUUACCUCUGACCUUUAACCUUGGAAACCAUGGAAACCACCCCCCAGCCUCCACAUACUGUAACCAUGACAGCUGUGCAAGCCCGCAGGAAUGGAAUCUUAUCUCAGCAAAAGUAGCUGUAGUUUUUCUCCAGAGUGAGAUAGAUGUCUCCUUAGGGAAAUAUAUCUAGUCUAACCUGCCUGGCAGUAGCACUGACUUGUGCAGAAUAAACACAGUUUGCUUGGUAGACAUCUUUCCCUCUCAGCUCAUAUUAAGUAUUUAGGAAGCCCACAAGGGUCAUAUUUACACAUGCAAACCCACAUGCAGGUGCGCACACACACAUAUAGAGGUAGAUCUUGAGUGUCUUUCUGGGCUGGGGGAGUUAAUGAAGGAGAGUGGUGCGGAGAGGAGGUAAAGAGGAUCGGGUGGGCCACUGGGCUCUGUAGCUGGCCACUGGGCUCUGUAGCUGGCCUACAAGACCCGGACCAGGUUCUCCAGUGCCACAGCAAAGGAACAGAAGCCUUUCUUCUGCACUGUAAGCAGAACCACUGUCCCUCCUUACCUGAUAUCAAUGUGGCUUUAUGUCGACUGACAAAUCACCGCACCCCCUUAAAUUGCUUGGUUUAAAUGUUAUUUUGCUUCGAAUUCAGCUCCCAUUUACUGUCGCUGACCAAAUUGUGAAACUUGUCUUGUACUUUACCUGUGAACUGGAUACACUAACAAUACUCUUGUAACCACUUGGAAAACGCCUUCAGUCAAUCACCUUCUCUCUGCUACCUUAGUCUUUACUUGUAGUCCUUACUCUGUGUGCAAAUACAAUGUCUCUUUGAGGAUACACUGACUCUUUUCACUCACUUAUCCACUACUCAUAAUUUAUAUAUAUGUAGGAAUGUACGGUUCUCUUAAUGCUGUUACCACACCCUCCCUCUAAUACGUUAUGAACUAACCUAACGCCUGUGCUGCUAAGUUGUUUGCUCACCUUUGACCCAUAGAGGUCUUCUGUUCCGGACCCCAGGUGAGGUCCACCUGGUAACCGUAGUUAAGUACUGUAUAUAAUAGUGUAAAGUGUGAGGAGGAGAGGAGCCGUUUACCUGUGCCUGUACUGUAAGCCUCUCCCAAUCCUGGUCCUGGAAGUCCCCUGUGUAUGGUGGUUGUAUCCUGUGUGGCAGUUCUAUUGUACAUUUCACCUGCCACAUUUGUGAUUGGUGUGAGCCAGGGCUGUGGUCAAUCACAUUUAAAUUCCAGUCAAUUCAGAAAGUAACCCAAAUUAGAGAUGGAAUUUUAGUAUACUUCCUAAAUUGACUAGAAUUUAAAUGGAAUUGACCCCAACCUUUGUGUAAGCUGUCAAAUGAUCAAUCGGAUCCACUGUCUGCUGGGACUAUAGAAUGUUAAAGUAGUAGCAGCAGCCAGCAACACAUUAUGUAUAUGGAAACAGUAUUGUUUGAUGAAAUCAACUGAUUGUUAGCUUUGUUGAUCACCAAAACUCGCUCCACAAGGGAAACUGAGGACCAUAAUACGGAGACGGUGUUCUAACAGCACUCUUAAUGCUUUUGAACAGAGCCUCUCUCCCUGACCCUGUCAUCCUGUUAUGUUUCUUGGUCUGCAUCUGAAAUGGCAUCCUAUUGCCUUUAUAGUGCGUUACUUCUGCCCAGAGCCCGAUGGACACUGGGCAAAUGCUAGUGCACUAUAUAGGGAAUAGGGUGCCAUUUCAGAUGUAGCCCUGGUCUGAUUCACUUGUUCUAUUGAAAAUGGUAUGUAUUGAAACCAGUCCUGGGUUCCCCUCUGGAGUUGUACUGUAGAUGGCACUCCCCAAAAUGGCUGACUCUGUACUGUAGAUGGCACUCCCCAAAAUGGCUGACUCUGUACUGUAGAUGGCACUCCCCAAAAUGGCUGACUCUGUACUGUAGCAGUUCUAAUGUCAGAUGCCUGGUGAAAUAAAUGUCAUCUAUCAAAAAACCA